UGUGUGUGUGUGUGUGUGUGUGUGUGUGUGUGUUUAGGAGAUGAGCGGGCACUGUGUCUGGUGGAGAUCAAGAGGGUGAAGCAGUCUCUGGCUCAGUCCCACCUGCCCAGCCAGUCUGAACUCUCUCCGUACAUCUUUGAGACGGUGAAGGGCUGCCAUCUGUUCUCUGCAGGACGAAUAGACAACGGACCCUGUAUUUGUGCUGCUAUGCCGAACAAGAUAACCAUUCUGCGCUACAACGAGAAUCUCAACAAGUACUGCAUCCGGAAGGAGAUCGAGACCCUGGAGCCGUGCAGCUGCAUCCACCUGACGAGCUACAGCGUCAUCAUCGGCACCAACAAGUUAUACGAGAUUGAGAUGAAGCAGUUCGUGCUCGAGGAGUUCCUGGAUAAGAACGACGUGUCUCUGGCCUCCGCGGUGUUCGCUGCCUCCUCUCACAGCUUCCCCAUCGCCAUCAUGCAGGUGGCCAGCAGCCUGCAGAAGGAGGAGUACCUGCUGUGCUUCCACGGUGCGUCACACUCUCUGUAGUACUGUGGUGCUAAA